AUGGCGAAAAAUUCAGUUGACAGAAUCACCCGAGGAUUUUUAAGACAGAAAAGUGGAGAUUUUGAUAUAGAAUCCAUAAUAAUCCUCGACUUAAAUGGAUAUGGUAUCAAGGAACUUGGUCACAUUGAGGAAUGCAACAAUCUGGAGUUUUUAAACCUGUCAAAUAACAACAUUACCAACUUGAUCCCUUUGGCUUGCUUGGUUCAUCUGACAUAUUUGAACCUCUCGAGCAACAAUAUAGCUUGCUUGGAAGGUCUGCAGAUUUUAGAAAACUUAGAAACAUUGAAUCUUGCAGGGAAUCUUAUUGACAGCCUUGACACUUUCUAUAGCAUCAGUGGCCUCUCUAAACUGAAGCAUUUGAUGUUUCAAGACCCAAAUAAUGAACGGACCAAUCCAAUAUGUAGAAAACAAAACUACAAGUCCAAAAUCCUCAGUAUGUUUCCUAAACUUCACUCACUGGAUCGAGAAAUACUUCAUGGCACCGGCAGUGAUGUUAGUCAGUUGUUCCAGCAGAUUGAGUGGCGACUGAAUGCCUUGUCUAACCAGAAAUACAGAAAUACAAAGCCAGUCGAACCAGUCAAAAUUCCUGCAAAAUUUUGGACCAUCUCCAGUGAUGAAGAUUCAGAAGUGGAAGAAGCUGAAAAUAAUUUCAAAGAACUGCUGAAUUCUUGUCGACAAUUAUUAAAAAAUACACCAAGUGAAGUGGACAAAGUUACAGACAUAAAAACAGCAUAA